AUGCAAUUAGGCUAUACCAAAUACUGCUGCUUCUUGUGUAUGUGGGACAUAGAGACAAAAUUUCAUAUUACACACAAAUGGACUGGCCUGCAAGAAAUCUCAACAAAGAUACAUGAACUUGUGAAAGAUCCUGCAUUUGAUGAAGUUUUGAAGGGGCAAGAAAAAGAAACUUGGGAAUCUCUCAAGGGAGUGAUUUGUGGAUUUUUAGGCCACAGAAGAGAUGAUAACUACAUCCAAUUGUUAACAGUACUUCUGCAAAAAUGCCAUCAACUAAGACGUAACAUAUCCUUGAAGAUUCACUUCCUCAACUCACAUUUAGACUUCUUUCCACUUUGUGGAGCUGUUAGUGAUGAACAUAGAGAAAGGUCCCACAAAGAUAUUUCUGUAAUGGAAAAAAGAUAUGAGGGUCGUUGGAAUGAAGCUAUGCUUGCAGAUUAA